CGUUGGCUGACUUUUACCUGUGAGGUAGACUAGUUUCGCUUCGCCGGUGGGAAUAAGCAACAGCAAACACCAGGGUCCGGUCCGGUCCAGAGGUGGCAAGACUUCCCUCCUCCCCUCCGGCCCCGUGUGACUCAGGAGCUCCAGCUGCGGAGCGUCGGACGGGAUUUCUCCGGGAUUUUAGAGUCGGUGCGCAACAGCGAGCGAAGCAGGAGGCAGGUGCACGGGAGAGGACAGGACAGGGAGGAGGAGGAGGAGGGCUGUUUGUAUUUCCGUGAGAGACUCUUGUCGUUCACACCGGGCCGAAUGAUUGGUGGUCAACUGGUUGGCGCCUCGGUGGUCUAUCUGUGUUAGUUUCAUUAGUAUGCGGCUGGAGUCCCCCCGCUGCUGCCGACAUCCAGCCUGAGGACUGAUCGGCAGCCCUGAAGUCUCCUCCGUGCCUGCUGAGUGACUCCUCGCCCCGUGGAGGACGAGGAGGAGGCGGCGGCAGCACAAGUCGGACCCCAGCUGCACCGACUGUUCUGUGGAACAGUUUUCACGGACGCACCACGGACCUCCUCGCCUUGUGGAUCAAGAAGAUGAUGGGUUUUCUGCGCCGGACGUUCAGCCGCCGCUCCCGGAGCCGCUUCCAGACGAGAGAGCGGGACGAACGGGACGGUAAAGGGGGAGGAGAUGGAGGGGGAGGAGGAGCAGGAGGGGUGACCGGGAACCCCCUGCUCCUGGCCCAUCAGCAGCAGGUCGUACACGCGCCCGCCGUGGUCAGCGGGGGAGCGUCGGUUCACAUCCCGGCGGCCGGGACGGCGAGGACCACGAUCACCUGCCGCGUCCUGCUGCUGGACGGCUCGGAUGUCAAUGUGGAUUUGCCUAGUAAAUCCAAAGGCCAGGACCUUUUUGACCAGAUCAUGUACCACAUAGAUCUGGUUGAGACAGACUACUUUGGAUUGCAGUUCAUGGACACGGAACAAGUCUCACACUGGCUGGAUAUGUGCAAGCUUAUAAAGAAACAGAUCCGAGACGGGCCUCCAUACAGACUUUUCUUCAGAGUGAAAUUUUACUCUUCAGAGCCAAAUAACCUGCGUGAGGAAUUUACAAGGUAUCUGUUCGUGUUGCAGCUUCGACAAGAUAUUCUGUCUGGCAAAUUGAAAUGUCCGUAUGAUGUGUCAGUAGAGCUGGCGGCGUAUUGUUUACAGAGUGAGCUGGGAGACUGCGAUCCCUUGGAGCACUCUCCUGAGCUGGUGUCUGAGUUUCGUUUCAGUCCCAAACAGAGCGAGGCCAUGGAGGCGGACAUCUUCGGCAGGUGGUUGGACCUUCGGGGAAAGAGUCCAUCUCAAGCAGAGAUUUCUUUUCUCAACAAAUGCAAGUGGCUGGAACUUUACGGCGUAGACAUGCACUUUGUCAAGGGCAGAGAUGGAGGAGAAUAUGCACUUGGCCUCACUCCGACUGGCAUCUUAGUUUUUGAAGGCUCCAACAAAAUUGGCCUCUUCUUUUGGCCCAAAAUCACUCGGCUGGACUUUAAAAAAAGUCGACUCACGUUGGUCGUUGUGGAGGACGAUGAUCAGGGUCGGGAGCAGGAACACACGUUUGUGUUCCAGCUGGCCAGCUCCAAGAGCUGCAAACACCUGUGGAAGUGCGCCGUGGAGAGCCACGCCUUCUUCCGGCUGCGCCAGCCAACCACGGGCAAGGCCAGCCGCAGUGACUUCACGCGGCUCGGGUCCCGCUUCAGAUUCAGCGGUAAGACGGAGUAUCAGGCCACUCACGGAGGCAGACUGAGGAGAGCCAGCACAUUCGAGAGAAGGCCGAGCAAGAGAUACCCGUCCCGCACACAGUCACUGGGCAAAGCCGCCAUUUCCCCAGCCAAGCCGCCACAUAUCAGCUCUCACGCCAGCCCUGAUCCCAGCCUACAUCCAUACCAGCACAACAUUCCUAUUCACGAGGCAUGGCACCCGCCCCACCCGGCUCUCACACCCCCAGUUUACCUGCAGCCCUCCGGACACACACCGUCACACAGUUUCCCUCUCAGUGGUCCCGCCUCAGACCAUCAGUUCAGCGUCGAAGAGAAUGAGACCUCGUAUUCUGGCAAGAUCCAUCACCAUCACCGUCGCCACACACACAGCCAGGACACGCUCUGCCACACACACACCAAGAACAAACGUCGAGCCCCUCCCUGCCCUGCAGAUGAGUUGGACAUCUCUCAGUCUCUGCUCAAGGCUCUGGAGUCAGAAAGUGAUUCUCCCCCCUGGCCCUCACUGCAUGUCAACAUGGACAACAAGGGAGAGGAGAAGCAGCUGUCUGAAAAGUCUCUGCACCCUCCUGCCUCUCCAGCGAUGCUCCCCGACCACCUCAAGUGUAACAUCCUCAAGGCCCAGAUGGAGGCGGCUUUCAGAAAGGAAGCCCCAACAACGCCUAGAGUGAAGAACUCAAAUGAGACCCUCAAUGACAGGUACCAGAGCUCCUCCCAAGACUCAGCUGCAUCCAGUCUGACUGCAGACAAGACGCCACAUCGACAAGACUGCAACCCGACGCCUGAGAGGGUUCAGGCCAAAGCCAACACAAGCACCACCCGCAGAAAACGACUGGUCAGGCAAUUCAGCUUUAACCAUGAAGAUGAAGAUAAUCUCCCAGAAGCACUUGCAGCCAUCUCCUCCCAGAGCACAGGGAAGUCAGGAUCCACCAGCUCACUGGACAAACAGAUCCAGCCGUCCAUAUAUCCACAGGUGGAUAACAUGCCAGCACUGGAGCUGGGUAGUCCAUGCUGUCCCUCUCCUUCGCCUUCUCCCCAUCUCUCCCCUUCUUACUACCGUAGCUCCAUUCCUCACCUGGUCCCUUAUCUUGCUGCCCAUAACGACAGCGGAGAGGAAAUGAGGUUGGACAGGGAGAAGAUAUUACGAGCGCUCCUGAUGACGGAGCUCUGA